CUUGAGUUUCCUCUUCUCAGCUGACUCUUCGCCAUUUUGCCAUUUUAAUUGCCUCAGAGAAGCGGCGCCGGAGGGGCAGGAAAGAAGGGACUGGAGGCGGCCGCCGCCCCGGGAUGGGAGCGCGCCUUUGAGGCCGAGGACUGCCUUCUCGCCGCCGGUGUUGCUGGAAGCAGCCUUCCCCCACCCGCCUGGAGUCCAGCGGCGGCUUUCCUCUCCUCCUUCUUCUCCUUCUCCUCCUCCUCCUCCCGCCGCCAUGGCUCUGAAGAUGGUCAAAGGCAGCAUCGACCGCAUGUUUGACAAGAACCUGCAGGACCUCGUGAGGGGCAUCCGCAACCACAAGGAGGACGAGGCAAAGUACAUCUCUCAGUGCAUUGAUGAGAUCAAGCAGGAAUUGAAGCAGGACAACAUUGCGGUGAAAGCAAAUGCCGUCUGUAAGCUCACCUAUUUGCAGAUGCUGGGCUACGAUAUCAGCUGGGCGGCCUUCAACAUCAUUGAGGUCAUGAGUGCUUCCAAAUUCACCUUCAAAAGGAUCGGGUACUUGGCCGCCUCGCAGUGCUUUCAUGAGGGGACUGACGUUAUCAUGCUGACCACCAACCAGAUCCGGAAGGACUUGAGCAGCCCAAACCAGUAUGAUACCGGAGUGGCGCUGACCGGUUUGUCCUGCUUCGUGACGCCGGAUCUUGCCCGAGAUUUGGCCAAUGACAUCAUGACACUGAUGUCUCAUACCAAGCCUUAUAUCCGCAAGAAAGCAGUGUUAAUCAUGUACAAAGUGUUCUUGAAGUAUCCCGAAUCCCUCCGGCCUGCCUUCCCUCGCCUUAAAGAGAAGCUGGAAGACCCAGACCCUGGCGUCCAGUCAGCGGCCGUCAAUGUCAUCUGCGAACUGGCCCGUCGCAACCCGAAAAACUACCUUUCCCUUGCUCCGCUCUUUUUCAAGCUGAUGACAUCCUCCACCAACAACUGGGUCCUCAUUAAAAUUAUAAAAUUGUUUGGUGCUCUCACUCCAUUGGAACCCAGGCUGGGCAAGAAGCUGAUCGAACCCUUGACCAAUCUCAUACACAGUACUUCCGCCAUGUCCCUUCUCUACGAAUGUGUGAACACAGUGAUUGCAGUUCUGAUUUCGCUCUCCUCGGGGAUGCCCAACCACAGUGCCAGCAUCCAGCUCUGUGUCCAGAAACUGAGGAUACUGAUAGAAGAUUCAGACCAGAACUUGAAGUAUUUAGGACUGCUAGCGAUGUCCAAAAUCCUGAAAACCCACCCCAAAUCGGUCCAGUCCCAUAAGGACCUCAUCCUCCAGUGCUUGGAUGACAAAGAUGAGUCCAUUCGUCUCAGAGCCUUGGACCUUCUCUAUGGAAUGGUCUCUAAGAAGAACCUGAUGGAGAUUGUCAAGAAGCUGAUGAUCCAUGUGGACAAAGCCGAAGGGACCACCUACAGGGAUGAGCUGUUGACCAAAAUCAUCGAUAUCUGCAGCCAGUCCAACUACCAAUACAUCACAAACUUUGAAUGGUACAUCAGCAUCCUGGUGGAGCUGACCCGGCUGGAGGGCACCCGCCACGGACACCUGAUUGCCUCUCAGAUGCUGGACGUGGCCAUCCGGGUGAAGGCCAUCCGCAAGUUUGCCGUGUCGCAGAUGGCUAUGCUGCUGGACAAUGCACACCUCUUGGCCAGCAACACCCAGCAGAAUGGGAUUUGCGAGGUGCUCUAUGCCGCCGCCUGGAUUUGUGGGGAGUUCUCAGAGCACCUCGAAGAGCCCCACCAGACCCUCGAGGCCAUGCUGCGGCCCAAAGUGACCACCCUUCCGGGCCACAUCCAAGCCGUGUACGUCCAGAAUAUGGUGAAGCUUUAUGCCGCCAUCUUGCAGCAGAAGGAGCACUCCGGGGAGAAGGAAGUGGCCCAGGAGGCGACCCUGAUGAUGGUGGAGCGCCUGCCCCAGUUUGUACAGAGCGCAGACCUCGAAGUCCAGGAGAGGGCCUCCUGCAUCCUUCAGCUCAUGAAGUACAUCCACAAGCUUCAGCUCAAAGAGGUGCCAGUGGCUGAGGAAGUCAUGGCCUUGUUUGCCGGGGAGCUGAACCCCGUGGCCCCCAAGGCCCAGAAGAAGGUUCCGGUUCCAGAAGGCUUGGAUCUUGACGCCUGGAUCAAUGAGCCGCCCUCGGAGAGCGAGUCAGAGGAUGAAAAGCCCAGGACCAUCUUCCACGAGGAGGAGCAGAGGCACACGAGGCACCGGCAACCCGAAAUGGACGAGGAGGAGCUGGCUCGGCGCCGGGAAGUCCGGAAACAGGAGCAAGCCAACAACCCCUUCUACAUUAAAAGUUCUCCUUCUCCGCAGAAGCAGUAUCAAGACAGCCCUGGUGUCGAACACAUCCCUGUGGUCCAGAUUGACCUCUCUGUUCCUUUGAAGGUCCCUGGCCUCCCAGUCUCCGACCAGUAUGUCAAGCUUGAGGAGGAGCGACGGCACCAGCAGAAGCUGGAGAAGGACAAGAAGAAGAAGAAGCAGAAGAAAGAGAAGCGGGGCAAGGGCCGGCGGCACCCCUCUCUGCACACGGAGAGCGACGAGGACAUUGCACCCGCCCAGCAUGUGGACAUCAUCACCGAGGAGAUGCCAGAGAACGCUCUGCCCAGUGACGAUGACGAGAAAGACCCCAAUGACCCUUACAAGGCGCUGGAUAUAGAUCUGGACAAUCUGGCUUCAGGGAAGCCUGCCAGGCCUUUAGCGGACAGCGAGAAGCUCCCCGUCCAAAGGCACCGAAAUGCCGAAGGCCUCAAGUCGCCGCAAGAGACGGAAGCACCGCCGGCCGAGAAGAAGAGCAAGAAGCCGAAGAAGAAGGAGAAGAAGCACAAAGAAAAGGAGCGGGAGAAAGAGAAGAGGAAAGAACGAAAGGCCAAGGAGGAGGAGGAAGGCAAAAAGGCUGACGACAUGGACUUCUGGCUUUCGGAUGCCCCGCCACCGCCUGCUGUGGCCACUGAGGGCCCACUGGAAGCGAGUGCAGAUGGGGCUGAAUACGAGGUUCCAGAGGAAACCAAGGAGGAGGAGCGAGAGGAAGAGUUGGAGGAGGAGGAAGGCGAAGGGAAGAAAUCCUCCAAGCACAAGAAGAAGAAGCAUAAGAAAGAAGAAAAGGCCAAGGAGCGAAAGGCCAAAAAACAUCACGGCAGCGCAGAGGAACCCCCCACGGAAUCAGUGCAGAAUGGGACAUUCGAGGACGAACCCCUGCCGCCUAUGUCCAGUUAUGGCCUUCUUGCUGAAAACGCAUACAUCAAAAUGACGUACGACAUCCAGGGCAACCUCCAGAGCCACGGCCAGGUGACUGUUUCGGUGAUCUUUGAAAACAAGAGCAGCAGCUUCCUCAAGAGCAUGGAGCUGAAUGUCCUGGACUCACUCAACACCAAGAUGCUGCGGCCCGACGGUGCCUCCAUCCAUGACGGAAUCGCUGUCCCCUUCCAACUGCCUCCCGGCGUCUCCAAUGAAGCCCAGUUUGUCUUCUCCCUCCAGAGCAUUGUCAUGGCUCAGAAGCUGAAAGGAACGCUCUCAUUCAUCGUCAAAGACGAAGAGAGUUCCACGCACGACAAGAUUGACUUCAAAUUGCACUUCAGCUGCGCCUCCUACCUGAUCACCACACCCUGCUACAGCGACGCUUUUGCCAAGCUCUUGGAAUCGGGGGACUUGCACGCCAGCGCCUUUAAAGUGGAGGGCAUCACCGAUCCUUUCCACCACAUCCUGGCCAAAAUCUGUUUCUACCAUCAUUUCUCAGUGGUCGAACGCAUGGGGGACUGCGCCUCCAUGUACAGCCGGUCGAUCCAGGGCCAUCACGUCUGCCUGUUAGUGAAAAAGGGAGAGAACUCUGUAUCCAUCGACGGGAAGUGCGACGAUUCGGCCUUGCUGGGCAACCUGCUCUCUGAACUCAAGGAGACCUUAUCAAAGUGCUGAGUCUUCCUUUCUUCCUUCUUUCCUUCCUUCCUGGAGGGGAAAAUGCCUCUCUGCGAGAGGAGCGCCACGAGGCUCGAAAGGACUGAAGUGUUCGAUUGCCCUCCCUCUCCUUUUCCUCCCAUCCGCAUGUACGUUUUGUGUUUCUCCCUUGUUUCCGGGCCCACCUUUGGGUUGUCCUCCCCCCUCACUCCAUUACGGUUUACACAUCCUUUCGGGAAAAGGUUUCUCCUUGGUGGGGUGAACAAUUUGUUGAUCCCCAGGAAGGGAGUGGCUGAAAAAGUCAGUCAGUCGUCAAAUCUCCAUUUGGAUUAUGUUUUGGUUUGAUUUAACCUGGCUGGGAGAUUGUACUCUCCUGUAAAAACCACUCAUUCUUUAAGUUCUUUCCUCCCUUCUUCCAUAACAUACAUCCCAAAGGCUCUUCCAGCUCUUUUCCCCAGACCAAAUCAAAUUGACUUGUUGGGAAGUUGGCCGCAAACUCAUCACAUUCCCGGAGUUGUUGAAUGAAGUGAAAUGAACUGGAAAUCCAAAGGCUUUGUGUGUGUUGACAAAAGAAUCUCCACCGACCCUCCUUUCAGCAUCUUCGAUUGGCCUUUCCUGGAGCUGGCAUCAUCUUCCAAAGAGCUGGCAUCGUCUUCCAAAGUCCGGAGAGGCCAAGAUGUGGGGGAAGAAAUAGUUGCUUACCUGUAACUGUUUCUUCGAAUGGCGAUCUGUGAAAUUCACACAUAUGGGAUAAUGCUGCACAUGCACAGGAAAAUCCCAUAUGUGUGAUUUUCACAAACACCACGAAGAAGAAAAAUGGAUGCUGCAGCUCCGGAUCCCAAAUCUGGAGUGUCAUUUUUCGGGUUUGGAGAUAAUCCACCCUGUUCUUUGGUUUCCCCUGCUUCCUCCCGUUUGUGAUAUUCCCCUUCUGCAGGUUUCCCACCAAGAUGGCUAUUUAUUUGAACAUUCCUUCUCGUCUGCACUUAGCUUUUCUUUUUCUUCGAACGAAUGGCUCUCCGUCACAGGAUAGAACUCUAAAAAUUCAGGGAGAAAGUUUUGGACCUUGAUGUCAUCUUUCUCGGAAGACACUCAAUGCCUCUCUUCGUUCCGCUUUUGUUUAGGAGAGAGUUUUUCUUUAUUUCGUUCCUUGGUUCCAACGUUCUUCCACUGUGUCUUGAUUUGUCACGCAACAAAUCGAGGACUCCUUCCUUCCUUUGAACCAGAUCAAUAUUUGGGAAUUGGGGUGAAUUUAUGUGUCAUUGCCUCGGAAGUGACUCUGCUCUUUGGAAAUGAGUGGAUUCGAACUAAAUAUAUAUAUCUAAAUAUAUAUAUAUAUAUAUAUACAUAGCUAUAUUCCUGGAUGAAAACUUUUGUCACUUUAGCAUGUAGAACUCUCUUGUUCUCUUACGGAAACCCCUGUGCGGUGGUGAUUCUAGAUCUUUCUAAAAAUAAGUUUUGAGAAUAAAACCACCAAACUUGAUUUUUAUUUUAUUUUUUGCUAUUGACAUUCCCCUUGAACGAAAAGAGGAGGGAGGGACGACAAAAGAAACCAAACCACCUAAAGCUGCUGUAACACUUUUUUUUUUGGUCUGUGUGUGUCGAGAUGAUCCAAUAAAAAAUUUCAAAUGCA